AUGACAUACAUAAAAAUACGACACUUAAAUUUAUAUACAGUUUUUGAGAAAGUAGCAAAUUCUUAUGAUCAAAUGAAUGAUGCUAUGAGUUUUGGAAUUCAUCGUAUCUGGAAAGACAUAUUUAUUCAAAGACUUGGACCAACUCAUGGGAGUAAAUUAUUAGAUUCAGCUGGUGGUACUGGAGAUAUUACAUUUCGAUAUUUAAAUUAUUUGAAAAAUACUGUUAAUCAUCAAGGGUUGAAAAGUUAUGUAACAGUUUGUGAUAUAAAUGAAAAUAUGUUAGAAGUUGGUAAAGUUAGAGCACAAAAUCUAGGAUGGGUAGGUCAAGAUAAUAUUGAUAUGGAUUGGAAACAAUGUGAUGCAGAAAAGCUUCCUUUUGAAGAUGAUUCAUAUACAGCUUAUACAAUAGCUUUUGGAAUAAGAAAUGUAACAUAUAUUGAUAAGGUACUAUCUGAAGCAUAUCGAGUACUUACUCCAGGUGGACGUUUCAUGUGUUUAGAGUUCAGUCAUGUAGAUAAUAAUGUUUUAAAAUGGUUCUAUGAUCAAUAUUCAUUUCAAAUAAUUCCUGUGCUGGGUACACUCAUAGCAGGAGAAUGGCAACCUUAUCAAUACCUUGUUGAGAGUAUUAGGAAAUUUCCAAAACAAGAAGACUUCAAGGAAAUCAUCGAAAAAACAGGUUUCAGAAAUGUUACAUAUGAAAAUUUAACUUGUGGUGUAGUAGCUAUUCAUUCAGGCUUUAAAUUAUGA